AUGGCUUGGCAUUACAACUUGUCCUCCAUCUUAUUGUUUGCUUUUAUAUACUUUAUCCAUGACGGCAUGAUAACUGCUAUAACGGCACGUCGCCUUCUUCAAACCCCUAGUUUUACAGGAUCCGCUACUCCUAGUUUUUCAAUGCCCGCUGUCCCAAGUUUCUCGACGCCCACUACCCUUAGUCCCUCAAUGCCUGCUACCCCAAGCUUCUCCAAUUCCCCCGGUCUUUCAAAGCCUGAGAACCCUAGUUUCUCAAAGCCCCAAACUCCUAGUUUCUCAAAGCCUGUAACACCUAGUUUGUCAAAGCCUGAGAACCCUAGUUUCUCUAAACCUGAAACAUCUAGUUUCUCAAAGCCCGAGACUCCUAGUUUCUCAAAGCCUGGAACUUCUAGUUUUUCAAAACCUGAGACCCCUAGUUUCUCAACACCAACUACCCCAAGUUUCUCAAAUUCACCUAGUCUUUCAAAGCCUGAGAUCCCUAGUCUCGCAAAUCCUAAUAUCCCUAGUUUUUCAAAACCUGAAACACCUAGUUUCUCAAAACCUGAAACACCUAUUUUCUCAAAGCCCGAAACUCCUAGUUUCUCAAAGCCUGAGGCACCUAGUUUUUCAAAACCUGAAACCUUUACUUUCUCAAAAUCAGAGACCCCUACAUUUUCAAAACCCCAGAAUCCUAGUUUUUCAAAAUCUGAAACCCCUAGUUUCUCACAACCUGAGGCUCCUAGUUUCUCAAAGACAGAAACUCCUAGUUUCUCUAAGCCAGAGACACCUAGUUUCACAAAGUCUGAGACACCUAGUUUCUCAAAGCCUGAAACUCCUAGUUUCUCAAAACCUAAGACUAGUAGUUUCUCAAAGCCCAAGACUCCUAGUUUUUCAAAACCUGAUACCUCUAGUUCUCCAAAGCUUGAGACUUCAACUUUUUCAAAGCCCACAUCUCUUAGUUUCUCCGAUCCCAAGACCCCUGGUUCACCAAAGUCUGAGAAUCCUACCUUUGCAAAGUCUGAGACCCCUAGUUUUUCAAUGGUCGAGACUCCUAAAUCCUCAAAUCAUAUUACUCCUACUUCCCCAAAGCCCGAGACCCCUACUUUAUCAAAGCCUCAGACUCCUACUUUCUCAAAGACUGGGAUCCCAAGUUUCUCAAAGACAGAGACCCCUAGUUCUACAAAACCCGAGAUUCCUAGUUUUUCAAAGCCUGACACUUCUGAUUCCCCAAAGCCAGAGACCUCUGAUUCUCCAAAGCUCGAGACCCCAAGUUUUUCAAAGCCUAAAACCUCUAGUUUCUCAAAGCCUGAGACUCCUAGUUUCUCAAAGCCUGAGAUUCCUACUUUCUCAAAGUCUGAGACUCCAAGUUCCCCAAAGUUAGAGACUCAUACAUUCUCAAAGCCUGAAAUUCCAAGUUCUCCGAAGCCUGAGACCCCUUGUUUCUCAAAACCCGAGACCCCUAGCUUCCCAAAGUUUGAGACUCCUAGUUUCUCAAAGCCCGAGACCCCUAGCUUCCCAAAGUUUGAGACUCCUAGUUUUUCAAAGCCUGAUAUGUCAAGUUCCCCAAAAUCUGAGACUCCGAGUUUUUCAAAACCUAAGACUCCGAGUUCCCCAAAGUCUGAAAUCACUACUUUCACAAAACCUGAAAUGCCAAGUUCUCCAAGCCCUAAGACACAAAAUUCCCUAAAGCCUGAGACCCCCAGUUUUUCAAAGUCUGAGACUCCUAGUUUUCCAAAGCAUGAGGCACCAAGUUCCCCAACGCCCGAGAUAUCAAGUUUCUCAAAGCCUGAGACUUCAAGUUCUCUAAGUCUUUCAAGUUCCGUAAAUCCUGAAACUCCUAGUUUUUCAAAAUCCGAGACUCCAAGUUCCCCGAAUCUUGAGACCCCUAGUUUCCCGAAACCCGAGACUCCUAGUUUUUCAAAGCCUGAGAUUCUAACUUCCCCUAAGACCGAGAAUCCUAGUUUCUCAAAGCCCGAGACUUCAAGUUCCCCGAAUCCCAAGACUCCUACAUUUUCAAAACCUGAGACGCCAAGCUCCCUAAAGCCGGAGAUGCUAAGUUCCCCAAAGCCCGAGACCCCAAGCUCUCAAAAGCCUGAGACACCAAGUUCCCUAAAGCCCCAGACUCCAAGUUCCCCAAAGCCCGAGACGCCAAGCUUCGAAAAGCUCGAGACGCCGAGCUCUCUAAAGCCCGAGAUGCCAAGUUCCGCAAAGCCCGAAAUGCCAAGCUCCCCAAAGCCCGAGACUCCAAGCUCCCCAAAGCCCAAGACCCCAAGUUCCACAAAGCCUGAGACUCCAAGCUUCCCAAAGCUCGAAACGCCAAGCUUCCCUAAGCCCGAGACUCCAAGAUUCCAAAAGCCCGAGACGCCAAGUUCCGCAAAGCCCGAGAUGCCAAGCUUCCCUAAGCCAGAGACUCCAAGCUUCCCAAAGCCUGAGACGCCAAGCUCCCCUAAGCCUGAGACGCCAAGUUCCGCACAACCCGAGAUGCCAAGCUCCCCAAAGCACGAGACCCCAAGUUCCCCAAAGCACGAGACGCCAAGCUCCUCAAAGCCUGACAUCCCAAGUUUUGAGACUCCAAGUUUUCCAAAACCUGUAACUCCUAGUUCACUAUGUCCCGACACACCAAGUUCCCCAAAGUCUGAGACGCCAAGUUCGUCGAAGCAUGAGAUCCUAAGAUCUCCAAAUUUUGAGAAACCUAGUUUCUUAAAUCCAGAGAUACCCAGUUUAUUAAAACCCGAAACCACUAAUUCUUCAAAGUCUGAUAUUUCAGCAGCCCCAGAACCUGAGACUCCAAGUGUUUCUAGGCAUGAAAUACCAAGUGCACCAAACCGUGAGGUACCAGCUACCCCAAAAUCAAAGAUCCCAACACUUACAAAGCCUGAAUUACCUGUUAUAUCAGAUCCUGAGAUUCUAAGUGUAUUAAAGACAGAAAUGCCAAAACCUUCCAAACAAACAUUGUCAACUUCUCCUUGA